AUGGGGAAGAGAGUGGCCAUCAUCGGAGCUGGUGUCAGUGGCCUGGCCUCCAUACGGUGUUGUCUGGAAGAGGGGCUGGAGCCCACCUGCUUUGAGAGGAGCAGUGAUAUUGGAGGACUGUGGAAGUUCUCGGACCACACAGAAGAAGGUAGAGCCAGCAUUUACCAGUCUGUGUUCACCAACUCUUCCAAAGAAAUGAUGUGCUUUCCAGAUUUUCCUUACCCUGAUGACUAUCCUAACUAUAUACACCACAGCAAGAUCCAGGAGUACAUAAAGACAUUUGCUCAAAAGAAGAAUCUUCUCAGAUACAUAGAGUUUGAGACCGUGGUUUCCAGUAUAAAGAAAUGUCCCAGUUUCUUAGUCACUGGUCAAUGAGAUAUUGUUACUGAAAAGGAUGGGAAUCAGGAAUCUACUAUUUUUGAUGCUGUAAUGAUUUGUUCAGGACAUCAUGUAUACCCCAAUCUGCCAAUUAAUUCCUUUCCUGGCCUAGAAAAGUUUCAAGGCAACUACCUCCACAGCCGUGACUAUAAGGACCCAGGAGCCUUCAAGGGGAAAAGGGUCCUAGUGAUUGGCCUGGGGAACUCUGGAUCCGACAUUGCUGUUGAGCUCAGCCGUCUGGCUGCACAGGUCAUGAUCAGCACCAGAAGUGGUUCCUGGGUCAUGAGUCGGGUUUGGGAUGAUGGCUACCCUUGGGACAUGGUGUACAUUACCCGCUUUGCAUCUUUUCUCCGGAAUGCCCUGCCUUCAUUUGUGUCUGACUGGUUAUAUGUCAAGAAGAUGAACACAUGGUUUAAGCAUGAGAACUAUGGCCUGAUGCCUUUAAAUGGUCCUCUGAGGAAAGAGCCUGUGUUCAAUGACGAGCUUCCAUCUCGUAUACUGUGUGGCGCUGUGUCCAUUAAGCCCAAUGUGAAGGAGUUCACGGACACCUCAGCUGUAUUUGAGGAUGGGACAGUGUUUGAGGCCAUUGACUCUGUCAUCUUUGCAACAGGCUAUGAUUAUGCUUACCCCUUCCUUGAUGACUCCAUCAUCAAAAGCAGAAACAAUGAGGUCACCUUGUUUAAAGGAGUCUUCCCCCCACAAAUGGAGAAGCCAACCUUGGCUGUGAUUGGCUUUGUCCAGUCCCUUGGGGCUGCUAUCCCCACAGCUGAUCUGCAGGCCCGCUGGGCUGCUAAAGUGUUUGCAGACUCAUGUAUCCUACCAACCAUGAAAGAAAUGAUGGAUGACAUUGAUGAAAAAAUGGGGAAAAAACUCAAGUGGUUUGGCCAGAGCCAGACUUUGCAGACAGAUUAUAUCACGUACAUGGAUGAGUUAGGUUCCUUCAUAGGGGCCAAGCCAAACAUCCCAUGGCUCUUCCUUACUGAUCCCCAGCUGGCCCUGGAGGCAUACUUUGGCCCUUGCAGCCCAUACCAGUUUCGACUAAUGGGACCAGGGAAGUGGGAUGGUGCCAGAAAUGCUAUCCUGACCCAAUGGGACCGGACAGUGAAGCCAACCAGGACAAGAGCUGUCCGUGAAGCUCAAAGACCCCAUCCCGUUUCCAAUUUGCUUAAAAUGCUUUCAUUCCCAGUGUUCCUUCUGGCCAUUUUGCUUAUAUUUUAUUAA